GGCUGCUAUUGGUGGUCUGGUAACUUGUUUGUCUCAUGUCGGUUGUCUACAACCUGGGGAUGGAGAUAAAUGAUAUAGAUGCAGAAUUAAGUGAUAAAAUCAGGGAAUGGCUGAAAUGGGAUGAAAACAAAAUAACAAAGGAGGCUAUAGAGUGUCUAGUCAAAUCAAGAGAUCUGCAAGCGUUGAGAGAAUGUCUUCUUACUCGUAUGUCGUUUGGAACUGCAGGACUAAGAGCUCCGAUGGGACCAGGAUACUCAAAGAUGAACGACCUCACAGUAAUACAGACAACUCAGGGUCUGUGUCGCUAUCUAGAAAGCUCUUUUGAUGUUAUUCAAGAUCGAGGGGUCAUCAUUGGACAUGAUGCACGUCACAAUAGUCGAAGGUUUGCUGCUUUGGCUGCUGCUGUGUUCAUAAGUCAGGGUGUUCGUGUGUAUCUUUUUAGAGAUAUUGUUCCAACUCCUUAUGUUCCAUUUGCAGUUUUGUAUUAUGGAGCUGUUUGUGGCAUCAUGGUGACAGCAUCUCACAAUCCUAAAGAGGACAAUGGCUACAAGGUCUACUGGGAAAAUGGAGCUCAAAUCAUUACUCCACGUGAUUCCGCCAUUUCUAGCAGUGUUUUGAAGAAUGUUGAGCCGUGGGCUCAAUCUUGGGAUAGCAGUUUGCCAGAACAGAGCGAUCUGAGGGUAGACCCUCUAGAUGAAGUUAAUGACAAGUAUCAUAAAGCAGUAGCCGCUCAAUGUUCUUUCACAAGGGAGCUGAACAAGGAUACUAAGAUGAGGUUUACAUACACUGCAAUGCAUGGAGUUGGAUAUCGGUUUGUUCAACAAGUUUUUUGUGAAUUUGAGAUUCCUGAAGUGAUUCCAGUCAAAGAACAAGUUGAACCUGACCCUGACUUUCCUACAGUCAGAUUCCCUAAUCCAGAAGAGGGAGAAAGUGCUUUGGAGUUGUCUAUGAAAACCGCAGAAGCUCAUAAUUCUACUGUAAUCUUGGCCAAUGAUCCAGAUGCUGACAGAUUAGCAGUUUCUGAGAAGCAAGAAAGUGGUCGGUGGCAUGUGUUUACUGGUAACGAGAUUGGAACAUUGCUGGGAUGGUGGGCUUUUCAUAAUCACAAAAAGAAUCAUCCAGAGCAUUUUCCUGGAGCUAAUGUUUACAUGCUUGCUAGCACUGUCUCAUCUAAAAUGCUUGGUUCAAUGGCUCAAAUAGAAGGAUUCAAAUUCAUUGAAACACUUACUGGAUUUAAGUGGAUGGGAAAUCAAACACGUGAUCUUCAAGCACAAGGAAAAACGGUCUUAUUUGCAUUUGAAGAAGCAAUUGGUUUUAUGAUUGGCACAAGUGUUUUGGAUAAAGAUGGUGUCAGUGCAGCUGCUGCUAUGGCAGAGUUAACUAUCUAUUUGGCUGCACAAGGUUCAACUUUAAUGUCUCAUUUGAACCAGCUUUAUCACAGAUAUGGAUUUCAUAUUAGCAGCAAUUCCUAUUUUUUAUGCUACUCUAAGGAAAAAAUCAAACGGAUUUUUGACAGUUUAAGAGAAAAUGGACAGUAUCCUGGACAUUGUGGACCAUAUAAAAUCCUUCAUAUUCGAGAUCUCAACACUGGCUAUGAUGACUCACAACCAAACAAGAAAGCUAUUUUACCCAUCUCAGAAUCUAGUGAAAUGAUUACAUUCACAUUUGAAAACGGUUGUGUUGCUACACUAAGAACAAGUGGUACUGAACCAAAGAUUAAAUAUUACACUGAACUUCGAGGUCAGCCAGGAGAGAGUGUGGAUGUGUCUGGUUUGAGGCAACUAUUGGAUGAUAUGGUCAGCAAAUUGGUGGAGGAGUUUUUGCAGCCUGUGAGGAAUGGCUUAAUUGCACGUUCAUGAAUGUAUGGUUAUUAUAGUGACAAUAGUAGUAGGUAAAAUUAGCUUUGUUUGCUAUUUUUGCUUAUCCGCUAAACUUCAGUGGUUUUUCUUUAGCAGACCUGUAGCUUGUAGCUUGCUUUCGGUUACUGAAUAAUUUAUAUGUUGCGUAUGUGAUGGAAAUUGCAAGUUAAUUAAUCA